CAAUUCUUCAUAAUAUAAAAAGGUAGACAUUGAUCGAUUAUAACAGUACAUUAAUCGUGUCCAAACUGUAAAGAUCACAAAGAUGUUCAGUAAAAUUGUCUUCCUCUGCUUAGUAGCUUACGCUACCGCAGUUUUCGAACCUGUUGCUCAAUCAUACUCAACCCAAACAAAGCAUACCACCCUUCAUGGUGUUGGUGCUCUUGUUAGUCACGUUGCUCCAGUAGCUGCAGUACAUGCUCCAGCCAGUUCAUACUCCACAGUAUCUUUUGGACAAACUUCUGUACACGCUGCUCCAUCUGUUGCUUAUUCUGCUCCAAUUUACCAUGCCGCUCAAAUCUAUCAUGCUGCUCCUGUAGUACACUCUGCACCAGUUUACCAUGUUGCCCCUAUAGCACACUCCGCUCCAGUUGUUCAUGUUGUGAAACAAGACGAAGAACAUAAUGCUCCUGCUUACUACCAAUACAAAUAUGGAGUUGAGGACCACCACACCGGUGACAUCAAAUCCCAAGAAGAAUCUCGUGAUGGUGAUGUAGUCAAGGGUUCUUACUCCCUUCAUGAAGCUGAUGGUACCAUCAGAACUGUCAAAUACACUGCUGAUAAAAAUGGAUUCAAUGCUGAUGUACAGAAAUCUGGACAUGCUGUUGUAAGCCAUGUAGCUCCAACUCACGCUAUUCUCACAUCGUUGUACCACCAUUAAUUUGUCUUGUUCAAUUAACUGUUAAUUAGUUUUUAGUGUUUGUUUCUUCUGUUUUGUAUAUAAUAAAACAUUAUCUU